AUUAGUUAAUAAAACUUUAUUUCGUUGAAUAUUUAAGUCAUAUGUGUAAUUUUUGAAUGCCGCAGCUGCUUAUAAUUCGCUAAAAACUCAUGAUUGUUUGGUCGUCUCCAUGUGCAGUUUAUUAGUUUACCCGUAUUAAAAUUACGUUGAUAUAAAUGUUUAAAUAAAAUGAAUGACGAUAAAAGAAGAAAUGCCAGACUUCAAGGGAGAUUUUCAGAUGAACCCAAGACAUCUCGUAAAGAUAAGUCGAAACGCAAAAAUGAUGAGGGUAAUUUGAUCUGCACUAGUAAAAGAAAAAGCUUAGAGUCUAAAUCUGCUGAUGGUGUUGAAAUAAAAUAUGAUGAACAAGCUGAUAUCUUAUUUCCUGAACUUGAAGAAAAGAAGCCUGCAGUUGAAAUUAAGACACCUGGAGAACAUGUUUUAAGUGAAACAGAAAAUGGGAUAUCGAGGGUUAUAUUUGAGCCUGAUUUUAUACCAGAAGCUGAAGCGGAUAGUAUGAUGACCCUUUUAAAAGACAGUACAGCAUGGCAUGACAAAAAUAUAAUUAUACAUGGUCAGGAAGUACCGCAACCUAGAUUAGUUGCUUGGUAUGGACCUUUUCCAUAUGCCUACUCUGGAGCUGUUCUUGAAGCACGAGAAGUAGGUUUUUUCUAUGUAUUUUUUAUCAAUGCUUCAGUUUCAAAUUUUUUCAAUUAUAGCGAAAUACCAAUUCUUGGAGAGUCUGAAACAAUUAUUGUGUAAAAAAAAAUACAGUCG